AUGUCCGGUCUGCAGAAAAACGUGCGGGUCGACGGAUUGGAGUCGGAGGACGUCUGCAGCUUGCACAAGGAGAAACUGAAACUCUUCGACUCAAAGCCAGUGAUGGUGGUGGAGAUGUUGAGGUCAUCGGGUCACACCCUGCUGGAGAAGGAGAUAAGAGACGACUGCAACGAGCAAGCGGCGUACAUCAAGGUCCAGAGGAAGCAGGUUAAAAGCAAGAUCAAGAAGGAUUUCGAGGAGCUUCGUCGCUUCCUGGAGGUGGAGGAGGAGGCCAGGUUGUCUGCGGUGAGGGAGGAAGAGGAAACGAAGAGUCAGACCAUGACAGAGAGGAUCGAGGCUCUUGACAGAGACAUGGCCGCUCUCUCCGCCACCAUCACAAGCACGGAGGAAAAACUGACGUCUGACCCCGUUUCCUUCAUGAAGAACUUCAACACGCUGAGGACCAGAAUCCAGAAGCCACCUGACGCGCCCAAGAAGUUCCCAGGAGCUCUGCUGGAUGAAGUCCAACACGUGGGCAACCUCAAGUUCAACGUGUGGGAAGGAAUGAAGCAGGUGGUCUCCUACAGUCCCGUCAUUCUGAACCCAAACUCGGCCCGGUCGACGCUCACUCUGUCUGAAGAUCUGACCGAGGCGCCACAAUGA